CGAGAAGAACGUCUUUGACAAUAUAUUUAACACGGUGAUGGAUUUGAAAGGCAAAACUAAAGACGGUCUUGCAGCUAGGAAAGAUAUGACUAUUUGGUGUGAUAGACCCGAACUUUCUGUUGAUCUAGAAUAUCAGGGCAAGGAAGUUCCAAAAGCAGUCUACCAGGUCACAGAACCACAAAAGGCAGCAAUAUUAAAAUGGCUUGCGUCUCAGAAGUUUCCCGAUGGCUACUGCUCCAACUUGUCUAGAUGCGUAGACAUGAACAAACUUACCACGACGACGAGCAUGAAAACUCACGAUGCUCAUGUAAUAAUGCAAAGACUUCUACCAAUUGCACUAAAAGAGAUGCUCCCUGAACACGUAUGGUCCUGCAUUACUGAAAUCAGUUUGUUGUUUCAAUCGAUAUGUUCCAGCGUUUUGGAUGCGGCAUCCCUCCGGAGACUACAAGAGUCUGUUCCCAUUCUGAUGUGUAAUCUGGAAAAAAUAAUGCCACCAUCGUUUUUCGAUACAAUGGAACAUCUCAUUAUACAUCUUCCGUAUGAGGCUUUGACUGCUGGGCCCGUCUUCUAUCGGUGGAUGUACAGAUUUGAAAGGUUAGUCACAAUUUCAUUUAAAAAAAGAUUAUUUAUUUCACAAUAACUAUUAACAUGUGUAUUAUUGCAUUAUUGCAGAUUUCUAGGAGAGCUGAAAAAGAAAGUGACCAACAAGGCACACGUUGAGGCUUCAAUUUGUCAAGCGUAUCUUCAACAAGAAAUCUCAACGUUCUCGUCUUUUUACUUCGAGCGUGAAGUCAUCACCAGAAGGAAGAGACCUGCCCGGAACGAUGACAUUGGCGAGGAUUUAUAUGAAAAUGUAGUUUCCAUCUUCAAUUACCCAGGCAGAGGUAAAGGUGCUGCGACACAACGAUACAUCCUGGGUGGGGAAUUGCAAAUUGCGCAUACUUAUAUCCUCAUGAAUUGUCCAGAAAUCUCACCGUUUUAUCAGUAAGUUAAAUUUGUAGUUAUAAUUGUAAUACUUAUAAAUUAAAUUUGUAGUUAAUUUAUAGUUUUUUUUUUUUAUUUUUGACUUCACAGUGAAUUCCGAGCUUCUUUAUCAGCCUUUCCUGAGAAUGAAAUAGAUGCGUUGGUGGACUCUGAUUUUGUAAAUUGGUACAAGUAUCAGAUCAAUAGUCGUGGGAUUGUCGACCCUUUGUUAGUAUCAUUAGCGUGGGGCCCAGGUGCCAGUGCCAAAGUGUGGCGGCAAUAUGUGAUAAACGGUUACACAUAUCACACAGCCGAUUACGGAGAGGGCCGACCAACAACGAACAGCGGGUUAUGUGUCCCGACCAUCGGUUAUGAUAACUCGGAAACCAGUUUUUUUGGUGUCCUGCAGGAGAUUCUGGAACUUGAGAUGCCUUCUUGUGCGAAAAAAUUGACAUGUGUUCUGUUCCGUUGCACAUGGGUCGACCCCACACGUGGCGUGCGCAAAAAUCCCAAGUAUAAUAUUAUUGACGUCAACCUCUCUCGUGUGUACCCAAAAAAUGAGCCCUUCAUACUCGCCCAACAAGCAGCGCAGAUUUAUUAUGCAGAAUAUCCUUCAACAAGGCGGACACAGAAUCCUUGGGUAUGUGCAUGUCCUGUCCGUCCGAACAAAAUAAAAUCACAAACUCAACACAAGGACGUUGAUCUAGAUGCUUUUCAGCAACAAUUUUUCCAACCUCCGCCUAUUGUUGAGACGGUCAACUAUAACGUUCAAUUAAGUGAUCCAAAUGGCGGACGUGUUGAAGUCAUGCCAGAAACGCACCUUCCGGACCCAACCAUUCCAUCUGAGCGCGAAAUUGAGGAAAUGUAUGUAGCACAACAAAAUGCUCAAUAUCAGGAAGAAGGUGAAUGGAUAGACGGUUCAGAUACAGAAGAAGAUACUGUAUAUGUAGAAAAUGACGAUUCUGAUAGCGAAUAAUUGUGCUGUUGUAAUUUCAAUUUUAUUGACUUCUAAUAUUUGUGCACAUUUCUUCAUCAUUAUAUUACUC